AUGUCUGUUCGCAUUCAAUUCGACAAUCCCCAUACCUUUUAUACCAACCUCGAUUUCAUCAGUGGUAAGAUCAUCCUAAGUCUCACCAGCGACGAGAAUGUAUCUGCCAUUAUUGUCAAGUUGGAAGGGGAGAGUAGAACGAUCCUGAUGCGCCCAAAUCCGCAGAUGAACCAACAGCAUUACAGACGAGACAAUCGGCAAGGAAUUGUAAUGGAGAACCACAAGAUUUUAUAUAAAAUGCAACAAGUUUUUCCAAGCUCGGAUCCCGCGAGUGGUACAAUGAUGGGACAGGCAUAUACGCUGAGGGCUGGCCAACAUGUAUACCCUUUUCGAUUGAAGAUCCCCAUCAACAACGGCUGCGCAGACCCUCAAUCGCAACAGAUGGGCCCGGGAAGUGGCUUUGGUGGGCUUGGUUUGGGUGGAUUACAACAAUUACAAUACAAGCAUGUGAGGAAGACAUUACCACCAUCUCUUACUGGGUUUCCGGGUGAGGCAGAAAUCAGGUAUUAUGUGAAGUGUACGGUCCAGCGUCCAUCGAUAUUCAAGGAGAACAGAAGAUCAGCAAUUGGUUUCAAGUUCCUUCCCAUCGAAUCUCCGAGACCUCCUCCCACUACGAAUGAAAUAUUCGCGAGACGGCCGUUUGUCUUCCAAGCCGGUCUAGCACCUUAUGCGAAGAAGACGUCGAUGUUUAAGAAGAAUCCUACGCCGUUAUCAGGCACGGCGCCGAAAGGAGAGGUUGACGCCCGCUUACCAAGUCCCGCGAUUUUAACAUGUAACGAGCCUAUACCCUUACGAAUUAUAAUGAGAAAAACGAACGAGAGCGCAGAGAAUGUCUUCAUUGUAUCCUUGCAAGCUCAUUUAUUUGGCUUCACAGAGGUUCGCGCGCAGGACGUUGCAAGAACAGAGACGAGUACAUGGGUGCUGAUUAGUUUGAAUGGGCUGUCAAUCCCGGUGGGAUCACCAUCGGACCCAGUAAGAAAAGAGAAUAUUAUAGAUGGACAGCUGUGGGAUCGAAUACCGCUACCUAAUACCGUGGCCCCUUCCUUCAACACGUGCAACCUCUCGCGAAGGUACGAGCUAGAGGUACGAGUGGGCUUGGGGUAUGGUGUUGUAGGAGAAAUACAGCCUCAAAUUGUCACCCUUCCUCUCCGCUUCCAAGUGGAAAUCUACUCUGGGGUCAAACCACCAGCGGCUCUCUUACAUGCCAUGGCUUCAAGGCCAGCGGUCCCCGUUCGCCCAUCCACAACUCAACCACCAGUACCGACAGUCCCAGCCGCCGAUCCCUUAUACCCACCACAACUCGGUACUCCAGGUGCUGCAGUUGCAGACGCGCCUCCCAGUUACGAAGAUGCGAUGGCUGACGACAUUGCGCCUGCGGAUGGACCUAGGAGAGAGUAUAGCGGUGUUACGGAUGUCAAUGCUCCUCCGAUGGACGAGAAAGGUGCCGCGCCGAAGUAUAGUGAGAGCCCUAACAAUCCACCCGGUGGUCCUAGUAGCGGGGGCUCAGGAGGGCACGGUGCUGUGGUAUAG